AUGCCUAACACAUCUCUCCGUCGGCCGCAGAAAGGCUUUCGCCGGGGCGGUAAGGUGGCAUACCAUGGCGCCUCAAGACCACGGACAUUCGCUGCGACGACAAAUGGACGGGCAGAAGCCACCUCCACGGAUGAGAAGUGGGAGCGGACAAAGCUCUCCAACAACAUCGACGAGUCCAUGGGCUUUGCGCGAUACGAAGCCGGCCGGAAGCGCGAGGGAUGGCUCGUGAAUGUUCAGUCAACGUCAAUAGAAGACGACCGCGUAAUUGGCGGCGGUGGCCGAGCGGCACUCGACUGUUACUUCAUCGAGGAGGACGGUGCCACAUUCAAGGCGACUAUCGAGUACGAACCAUACUUCCUGAUUGCCGUGAGGAAAGGCCACGAAGGCGAAGUCGAAGAAUGGUGCAAACGAGUUCCUGGCGGUGGUGUGGUGAAGAACGUGAAGCGAGUGGAGAAGGAAGAUCUGAAGAUGCCAAACCACCUGCUUGGCUAUCGCCGAACCUUUCUCCAGCUACAAUUUGCAAAUGUGCAGAACCUAAUGGCUGCGAGGAGAGACAUCAUGCCCAUUGCGGAAAGCAAUAAGAAGGGCAUGGAUGCCAUGGAUACUUAUGCUGAGGUCGCAACGGCAAAUGUCGACCUCGACCUCUUUGAUGAUUCACGAGAUGACGAUAGACGACUUAAUGUUUCCAUUGCUGAUGCCAGCGAUUUCAUUGUGGAUAUUAGAGAAUACGACGUUCCUUACCAUGUUAGAGUAAUGAUAGAUAAAGACAUACGGGUUGGAAAAUGGUACUUUGUGGAGGCCAAACACGGAGUGACUUCGAUGGUCAUCAAUGAAGAGCACUUGGCCAUGGCGGAUCCGGUCGUCAUGGCAUAUGAUAUCGAAACGACCAAAGCACCACUGAAAUUCCCUGACGCUGCUGUCGACCAAGUCAUGAUGAUAUCGUACAUGAUUGAUGGCCAAGGAUUUCUGAUCACCAACAGAGAGAUUGUGUCCGAAGACAUUGCAGACUUCGAGUAUACACCAAAGCCAGAAUAUCCUGGCCCGUUCAUGAUCUUCAACGAACCUGACGAAAAAGCCGUUCUCGAGCGAUUCUUCCUCCAUAUCAAAGAAGCAAGGCCGACUGUCAUUGCGACUUAUAACGGUGACUUCUUCGAUUGGCCCUUCGUCGAUGCUAGGGCUAGUGUCAAUGGUAUCGAUAUGUACCAUGAGAUUGGGUGGAGGAAAGAUAGCGAGGAUCAGUACAAGUGCAACUACAGCGCCCAUAUGGACUGCUUCCAUUGGGUCAACCGAGACAGUUAUCUACCCCAAGGAAGUCGAGGUUUGAAGGCUGUUACCGUUGCAAAGCUUGGCUACGAUCCCGACGAGCUAGAUCCCGAGCUGAUGCUUCCGUACGCAUCGGAGAGACCGCAGACGCUAGCCGAAUACUCCGUCUCCGAUGCUGUUGCGACAUACUACCUGUACAUGAAAUAUGUUCACCCCUUCAUCUUCUCUCUAUGUACCAUUAUUCCACUGGGGCCGGACGAUGUUGAGCGAAAGGGAACCGGAACACUCUGUGAGAUGCUUCUGAUGGUACAAGCAUACCAGAAGGAGAUCGUUCUCCCCAAUAAGCACAUGUCCCCCCGCGAGGCGUUUUGGGAAGGCCAUCUCCUCGAUUCAGAAACCUAUGUUGGUGGUCACGUCGAAAGUAUCGAGGCUGGAGUUUUUCGAUCCGACAUUCCUGUUAACUUCGCGGUUGACACCGGCGCGGUGGACGAACUGCUGCGUGACCUUGAUGCUGCUUUGAAAUUUAGUAUCACGGUCGAGGAAAAGAAGUCUCUUGACGAUGUGACGAAUUAUGACGAGGUAAAGGAGCAGAUUACGGCGCGUUUGAACAGCCUCAAAGAGACGCCGAAUCGGAAUGAACGGCCGCUGAUUUACCAUUUGGAUGUUGCUUCUAUGUACCCGAAUAUCAUGACCACAAACAGAUUGCAACCGGACUCCAUGAUCCAGGAGUCAGAUUGCGCUGCCUGUGACUUCAACAGGCCCGGCAAGACCUGUGACAGGAGAUUACCUUGGGCGUGGAGGGGAGAGUACCUACCGGCGAAGCGAGACGAAUACAACAUGAUCAAGCAUGCUCUUGAGAAUGAAAGGUUUCCUGGAAAGUAUCCUAAUUCGCCAACACGGUCAUUCCAGGAUCUUACGCUAGACGAACAGGCGGCCCUGGUGAGGAAGCGACUUCAGACCUACUCACAGAAAGUCUACCACAAGAUCCACGACUCCACAACCAUCGUUCGAGAAGCGAUCAUUUGUCAACGAGAAAAUCCUUUUUACAUCAACACCGUCCGUGACUUCCGUGAUCGUCGGUAUGACUACAAGGGGAAAGCCAAAGUAUGGAAGGGCAAGACUGAAGGUCUCAAGUCUUCAGGCGCAUCAUCUUCGGAGAUUGAUGCCGCAAAGAAGAUGAUUAUCUUGUUCGACUCGCUUCAGCUUGCACAUAAGGUCAUCUUAAACUCGUUCUACGGCUAUGUCAUGAGAAAGGGCUCGCGUUGGUAUUCCAUGGAGAUGGCCGGUGUCACCUGUCUUACAGGAGCGACGAUUAUCCAGCUUGCAAGGCAGCUUGUAGAGAGACUUGGUCGACCACUCGAACUGGAUACCGAUGGCAUCUGGUGCAUGUUGCCAGCCACAUUUCCGGAGAACUUCGCUUUCAAGCUAAAGAACGGCAAGAAGCUAGCGAUUUCAUAUCCUUGUGUCAUGUUGAACCAUCUCGUUCACGCUCGCUUCACGAACCACCAGUACCAGACUUUAACCGAUGAGAAGACCUUCAAAUAUGAGACGCAUAGCGAUAACUCCAUCUUCUUUGAGGUCGAUGGUCCAUACAAGGCUAUGAUCUUGCCGACUUCAAAGGAGGAAGACAAAAACUUGAAGAAGCGAUACGCCGUUUUCAACGACGACGGCAGUCUAGCGGAACUGAAAGGUUUCGAGGUCAAGAGAAGAGGAGAGUUGAAACUCAUCAAGAUCUUCCAGCAGCAAAUUUUCAAGUUUUUCCUUGAGGGCACUACGCUUUCCGAGUGCUACAGUGCCGUAGCGAAGGUCGCGAACAGGUGGCUGGAUGUUCUCCAUAGCAAAGGAGCGACACUGGCGGACGAGGAGCUCAUGGAACUUAUUUCGGAGAAUCGAAGCAUGACGAAGACUCUCGAAGAAUAUGGCAGCCAAAAGUCUACCUCGAUCACAACAGCCCGGCGUUUAGCUGACUUCCUGGGAGAGGGUAUGGUCAAGGACAAGGGCCUGAAUUGUAAAUUCAUCAUUUGUUCGCGGCCAAGAAAUGCUCCUGUCACAGAGCGCGCCGUACCAGUUGCCAUCUUCUCAGCUGAGACGGAAACGAAGCGCCACUAUCUGAAGAAAUGGCUGAAGGAGGAACCAGCGGACACUGAUCCGAGAGCUUUGCUUGAUUGGGACUAUUACCUUGAGCGUCUAGGAUCGGUGAUCCAGAAGCUCAUCACCAUCCCAGCUGCCUUGCAGAAGGUCCGCAACCCAGUUCCUCGUGUACCACAUCCGGAUUGGCUGCAACGUCGUAUCAAUAUCAAGGACGACAAGAUGAAGCAGAAGAAACUCACGGAUCUCUUCAGCAGAGAGCCUCUCGAGGAUGUUACCAAUCUGAGUCGCAUGAACAUGGCCGACUUGGAAGAUUUUGGGACCAAACUUCUCAAGCCCAAGCCUGUUAGUGAUGCUGUGAACGCAACGCAAAAGGCACCAGCAGCGCAGAAGAGGAAAUCACCCGAGCCUGCUCCCGAAAAUCUGGACCCCUUUGCUGCACUUCCCAAAGUUAUGCCGUCUCCGUCUGAUGACUACCCUGCAUUCUUGGAAUACCAGAAACAAAAGUGGAAGCUGCAGAAGCAAGCAAGAAUACGCCGCCGCCACCUCUUUGGAGAUCGGCGUGGACCUAUGCAGAAUAACAUUCAGCAAACAUUCCGCAAUCAAGCCGAGAUCACAUUCCGCAACACUUGGCAGCUUCUUCAGUUACGGACAACGGACAGCCCAGGCAUUGUGACUGCGUUCGUUCUGAUCGAUAACAAGAUCCACUCAUUGAAGAUCAAAGUUCCUCGGCAGGUUUUUUUGAACUUGAAGAACAAGGAUCUGCCCGAUAUCGAAGUAGAUGGAUGCCAAGCUGAGCAGGUCAAUCAUACUCUUCCUAACGGACAUUCGUCCGUGCAUCUGUUCAAACUCACGGUGCCGGAGGACACCUUCUUCGCCGAGUCGGAGAAGUUCUCGUUGCUUUUUAAUCAUCCAAGCGUGGAAGGGGUUUACGAGCGGGAAGUUCCCCUGAACAUACGCGCUGUCCUUCAACUUGGUAAUCUCUGCACAAUUGACGAGAGUAAGCCGGGAGUGCUUGGACAGGGUCUUGACCAAGGCUUUGAUCUGCCCAAUUUGAAGCGACCAAUCAAGCCAAGGACUUAUCUUGACGGAGCUUCUAUGGCGUAUAUUUACUUGUCUCAUAUCAGUGCUGGCGAGCGGCAAAUAUUCGGGCUGUUUUCUAGCACCGGCGACCAAGCACACGUCGUUAUUCUCAACAAACAUAAGGAUAGCGGCCAGGAACUGCCUAAUAUUACCAAACUCUACUCUGAGCUCCUCUCGCGCCGAAAUCAGGAGGCAGAGGGCAGCAGCUGGCAAGACUGCUUCCCUUACCAGGAGAAGCUGACCUUCAAGAUCACACAAAUCACCACUCGUCGAAAAGCGUUCCUCGAAAUCGGUGAUAUUGUCAAGAAGAUGAAGAAGGAUGAAAUCCGACCUCUAAUGAUGGUCAUUCAAUCAUCCCAAAGAAACCUGCUUGUGCACGAUAUCCCUAUUUUAGGCGAGAUGCCGGUCUUACCACUGAAGUAUAAUGCUGAGGACAGCUCGCUUCCCCCUCUCGGCUGGCAGACUGUCGUUGCUCGACGACUCGUCAACCAUUAUCUCGGUCUCGGCUCUUGGAUCAUCCACCUCACGGCAUUAGCCCGUUAUGGUGAUGUGCCGCUGUGUAACUUGGAACGAGAGGAUCCACGAUUCUUGAUUGACAUUGCAUAUGCACGACGGCUGCAGAGUAAUAACGUUGUGCUGUGGUGGUCUGCCGCCCCUCGGCCAGAUCACGCUGGUUACGAGAAAGAUGACAUUGUUGGCCCCUUGGAGACAGUCCAAAUGCCGUCUGUCAAUAAUCCUGGGACAUACGCAUCUGUUUGCAUUGACCUGGAAGUUCGCAACUUGGCCAUCAACACAAUUCUCACAUCGUCUCUCAUCAAUGAGUUGGAGGGCGCUGACUCUAUCUCAUUCAAUCCUGCCGCGCCAGGUGGCGAUACGGAUGGUAACGAAGUUUUGUACUCGGAGGGGGCUUUUGCAAACGCCGGCGUACAAGUUCUACGAGAGAUGGUCAAGAGUUGGUGGGCUGAAGCAUGUAAGGGCAACGACAUGGCAGAUGUUAUGGUGCAGCACUUAGUACGCUGGGUGGAGAACCCUGACUCCUUCCUCUACGACCGCGCACUGCAUUACUACGUGCAGAUGAUGUCUCGCAAAGCCUUCCAGCAGUUGAUGGGCGAUUUCCGCCGUGUUGGAUCGCAAGUCAUCUUCGCUAAUGCCAAUCGCCUCCUGCUGCAAACUACAAAGUCUGAGGUUGGCAAUGCUUAUGCGUACAGCCAGUACAUCUUGAAGUCAAUCAAGAGCAAGCCACUCUUCCACUUCAUUGACCUAGAGAUCAAAGAGUACUGGGACUACCUGGUCUGGUAUGACGAGUUCAACUACGGUGGCAAAGCAACACAGGAGGUUAUCGAGGCGGACACCCAGAAGCUGGAGACUAUCAUGCACUGGCAAAUGGCCACCUUCCUUCCAGUCCGUCUACAGCCUACCUUCUCUGACUGGGUCGCCGAGUUCAUUCAACUUAUGCAUGGCCUCAAGCGGCCAAUGUUUGGUUCGGACCCAACGGCAACGCCUCGUCUUACGCAAUUACCUCAGCGUAACAAUGGGGAAGACGAUGAAGGACAGUUAAUCCUUGGCAAAACGUUUGAGCGACCCUUAAAGAAAGACAUAUCCGGUCUUCUCCAGACGCAAAAGCGAGAACUCCUGCACCCAGAACUUGCCACCGACUACAGCUUCCCGACACUACCCGGCAGCCAUCUCAACACUGGCAACCUCAAUGGCGUUCUCGAGCUCGUCAAGGCACUUAUGCAAGUCCUUUCACUUGACAAGAACAUUGUCCUCGAGGCGCGACUUCUACGCAAGGAGCUACUCGCGAUGUUUGACGUCCGCGAAUUCAGCAAAGAAGGCGCCUUCCAGAAUCCUAGCGAGAGCCUGAAGCUUACACAGGUGAGCUGUGACAGUUGUACAAUGGCUCGUGACUUGGACUUCUGCCGCGACGACGAUCUUCUCUCUGAGCUUGGACCGGACGGACGGCGCGUAGGUGCGGAUGUCACACUCUGGAGAUGUGGCUUCUGUGGGAACGAUUACGACCGAAAUGCACUAGAGGAACGUCUAAUCGCCGGCGUCGAGGCCCUGGUGAUAGAGUGGACUACACAGGAUCUGAAUGGGGAAUGGAGCGAGUCGGUCAAGAGGGAUGAGCUGGUGAGGAAGCUGAAAAUCUACAGGAACGUGGCCAGCUUCUAUGGGUUGAAGAUGCUUGGAGACGUCGUGGAGGGACUGUUUGGAGAUUUGUAG